AUGCGCUUCUGUGUCACGGACGCGCAGCAGGAAACGUUGGCAUACUUCCCGCCACGGGAGCGCGAAGGUUUGCGCCUCAAGCUCCAGAGAUGCAGAGAGGAGGCCACGGAUGUUCAUGGGCCAUGUGGCUCAAUGCUUGUCCUUCUGCGAGUUGCUGGGUCGCAGUACACUGGGCACCGAGUCAUGACAUAUAUGUUCUCGCUCGAUCCGAACUGGCUGAACCCACGGCUCCACGCGGGUCUAUGGAAGGAGUUGCUGUUCACCAUGUUGAACAACGGCCUUGUGUUGCUCAAUGUUGUCCGAGUCGUCGAUGCUGUGUUUGCUGUGUCACGGUAUUGUGAUGCGCACCGGCGGUGCGGCGUCUUGUCACGAUGUAGUGUACUCUUGUGUCUCGACGAGUAUACAAGCAUUGCUCUUGAUACAUCAGGGAAUCCUCAAGUCCAGAACGAUCAGCUCAUGCCGUUUUCUACACAGACUACAUCCCAACAUGAGCUUCCUGGGCCUCCGCAAGUCGCCGAGCCUAUGCGGCCUAUCGUCGCCGCUAGUGCGGUCACUUUCUUCCUCGCCUCGAAGGCGCAGGACAUAGCGGUCAAGUGCUCGGGGGCGCGGGCUUUGGCCGAACGAGGUAGUGACCCCAUCCAGAUGCCAGUGCUGCGCGACUCGUUGGUGGACUAA